AUGGACGGGCAUCAAGCUAAGGUGAGGACUAGCUCCCUUCGAAGCAAUUUGAUCAAUCUUCCCCUGCUGGUUUGCAACCUUUUGUUCUCCGCCAAGAUCGCCCUGCAAAAUGUCAUUGUGGAAGUAUAUUUAGCUGGCCGUGGAGCCACCCCGACCAAAAGAUACCUUGGUUGGACAGGUAUGCCUUCAAGUGACAUCUCAAGCAUUGACAUUGAUCCCCAGGUGUCUCAGCAGCUUGGUUUCAAGAAUGGCGACGACCUCAUCAUCAACAUCAAGUUGGGUUCACCUGAGGCCACCAAUAUUGCCCUCGAACCACUUACCGCUCUGGACUGGGAAUUGAUUGAGUUACACGCACAAACCAUUGAAGAUAACUUAUUGAGUCAGGCCCGUUGCGUAAGCGUUGGUCAACACCUUGUCGUCUUCCCAUCGCUGACAUCAUCAGCAAAGCUCGUAGUCACUGACAUUGGUUUAUCUGAGUCAUACGCUAAGAUCAAUCCUUAUGCUGAAAUAUCCAUUGCUCCGAAGGUACGAGAGAAGGCAGCACCGCCAGCAAAAGAGACCAAAGACAAAAAGCAGAAGGCUGAGGAUACUCCUAUAGUCCUCAAGCGAGGUAUUUCACUCCCGCACGCUCUUUUUCCAGGAGCUCUGGAUAAUAACUUUCAGGUGUUCACUGAUAAGGCUACUUUGCCACCUCAGUUUGGAUCAUUUGUUGUUGUCCAAAUUGUUCCUGGACCCGAGGAAAAGCACACUACGAAAGCACCCAAGGACGAUUCCGUUACAGUGCGAGAAAACAAGUUCAUCGUGGCACAAAUUGUUGACGUUCCAGGUCAACAACAGGUAGGUCUCUCUCAAAGACUAGCCGCUGCCCUUGGAGUGGAGUUUGAGGUAGGAUACCAAGUGGUUCUCAAGCCUGCACCACGUCCGUCACCCAAGAGGCCUACAACAGUGGUAGUUUAUCCUUAUCAAACACAAACAAAAAAGGUGCUGACCGUGAAUGCUUCUAAGGACCGUGAAGCCCGACAAAAGAUUGGUCAAGAGCUUGCUAAAUAUUUUGAGGAUAUCCAAGUGUCUAGCAUGCCAAUUACGAAUUGCACCAAAUUGGCACCAUGCCCUGGUUUGCCUCGUGGCGGGCUACUCCAAUUCAAGAAAGUUGAUGAUCCUCUGAUGUGGUUACGCCCACUUGCACCUGAGAAACUCAAGCAGUUUAAAAUUGAAGUUGCUGAGGAAGUCUUACGUCCUAGCAGUUUUAUCACUGAAACUGAGCCUUCUCAGCGGUGGUUGCAGAACAAAGUCAUGGAAACGGGCAUUGGCCUUGACAAAUGUAUUGAUUUGAUGGUUGAUACGUUCAUCGGUCUGGCAAAUGUGGGAACAUUGGUCUACGGCAAGCUGGGGGCUGGUAAGACUCUUGUUUUGAACAUGGUUGCGCAUGAGUUGGCGGAGAAACACGGCUAUUACAUUAAAUAUGUAUCAUGUGAAACUGUGAUGAAUGACAACUUCCCCACGGCGAAAACUGCUGUAUUCAAAUGGCUUCAAUCUUGUGCGUGGCACAAGCCUGCUGUGCUCAUUUUGGACAACCUUGACAAAAUUCUCUCUGCUGAACAGGAACAAGGUGAUAAUUCCAAGCUGAUCCAAUUAACCGAAUAUUUCAUCAGUCAGCUUGAGAAAAUCCAAUCACAACGCCAUCUGAAUAUCCUGGUGUUGGCACUGGCAUCAUCAAAGGAGCUGCUCAAUAAGCUUCUUUCUCAAGCUCAUGUGUUGGAAAACUUUCACCACCUCAGCCCACCGGACAAGCACAUGAGAGCAGACAUUUUAAAUGUCUAUCUCAAUAAGACUCUUGGUUGCAAGAUAAAGUUUGACAUAAUGGACAUGGUUACGGAAACUGAAGGUUACUUGGCCAAUGAUUUGAAGAUCUUGUCAGAUAGAUUAUACCAAGAGGGAUUAUACAAGUCUCAAGAUCCUCACCAAGUCGAGGUUACAAAAGCUGAUCUUGAAAGUUGCCUUAAGGGUUAUACCCCCUCCAACUUGCGUGGCGUGAAGCUCCAGAAACUGGGUACUAAUUGGUCGGACAUCGGAGGACUUCAAGAAGCUAAAAAUGUGCUUUUAGAAACCUUAGAGUGGCCGACAAAGUACGCACCGAUUUUCUCGCUGUGCCCACUUCGAUUGAGACUGGGUAUCUUACUCUAUGGUUAUCCAGGGUGCGGGAAGACUCUUUUAGCGCUGGCAGUUGCCGGCCAGUGUGGCCUCAAUUUCAUCUCCAUCAAAGGUCCAGAGAUUUUGAAUAAAUAUAUUGGUGCCUCUGAAGCGCUGGUGCGUGAAUUGUUUGAACGAGCGCAGGCUGCAAAACCUUGCAUUUUGUUCUUUGACGAGUUUGACUCGAUUGCUCCGAAGCGUGGACAUGAUUCUACUGGGGUAACGGAUCGGGUGGUGAAUCAAAUGUUGACCCAAAUGGAUGGGGCAGAGGGUUUGGAUGGUGUCUACGUUUUGGCCGCCACGUCUCGACCCGACUUGAUUGAUUCGGCUUUAUUGCGUCCAGGUCGUUUGGAUAAACUGGUGAUUUGCGACAUGCCAAAUUAUGAUGACAGACUUGAUAUAUUGCGCACUAUCACCGCUUCCAUGGAUUUGGCCGACGACGUAAAACUCGAGGAGAUUGCACAUGGCACCGAGGGUUUCUCGGGAGCCGACAUGCAGGGGUUAGGAUACAACGCUUAUCUUAAGGCUGUACAUGUCAAGUUAGCUGCGAACGAAGCCAAGGCGUCUGAACAGAAACCCAAUAAGGACAGCAACAAUUACGAAUUCUUCCAGGUGAACUCUGAGAAGCAGAGCCAAGCUAAACUACGUCCAGCAGAUAGGGUCAAGAUUGCCGGACAAAUCCAGCAGUUACUCGACAAGGAAAAUCAGGGUGAAAAUCUCAAAAACACCAAAGAAAUUGCCGAUGAUCAAGUGGUCAUAACUCAUGAAAAUUUCGUGGAACUGUUACUGGAAACCAAGCCAUCUAUUUCGGUGUCAGAGAGACGAAAGCUUCAGGGUAUUUACCAUAAGUUUGUACUGGGUCGUGACGGCAACAUGCCUGAUGGCAGUGCGAGCAACGAAAUUGGUGGACGUACGCUGUUGAUGUGA